GCCAGCCGGCCGGCACCUGCAGCUGGGGCCGCACCCCGUCCGCGCCCCCGCGUGCACCCCCUCCGCAGGGCUUGGCAGCAGGUGCCUGCUCUCCAGAGAGCGCUUCGCAUUAACUUUCCCAUCUGACAUAAUCAUGGAGAGAAAAUGAAGAGAUCCCAUUAGCGGCUGGCGGGCGGGCGGGAGAGCGCAGGGCCGGGGAGCAUCGAAUCCCUGCCGGGGCCGCGGCCGGGGGGCCCGGGCGAACGGAGGGCGCCUGUAUUUUUAGCCAGAUGCCGCGUAACUUGCUGGCGCUCCCCGCGCCUCCCAGCAGAUAACCGGGAGGGGGAGCGGGAGCCGGGCUCGGAUUUCAGCGCGGGCGCUGGACGAUGGCAGCGCGACAGGGCAGGUCCGGGCCAGACUCUGCGGCUGAUGCUGCUACCAGCUUUCUGAGAGCAGCAAGAUCAGGUAACUUGGACAAAGCUUUGGAUCACCUGCGGAAUGGGGUAGAUAUUAACACCUGUAACCAGAAUGGGUUGAAUGGCUUGCAUCUGGCCUCUAAGGAAGGCCAUGUGAAAAUGGUGGUUGAACUUCUGCACAAAGAAAUCAUUCUAGAAACAACAACCAAGAAGGGGAACACGGCCCUGCACAUUGCGGCCCUGGCCGGGCAGGAUGAGGUGGUCCGGGAGCUGGUCAACUAUGGAGCCAAUGUCAAUGCCCAGUCGCAGAAAGGUUUUACACCCCUGUACAUGGCAGCACAAGAGAACCACUUGGAAGUGGUUAAGUUUUUACUGGAAAAUGGAGCUAACCAGAAUGUAGCCACGGAAGACGGCUUCACGCCUCUGGCGGUGGCCCUGCAGCAGGGCCACGAGAACGUGGUCGCGCACCUCAUCAACUAUGGCACCAAGGGGAAGGUGCGCCUCCCGGCCCUGCACAUCGCGGCCCGCAACGACGACACGCGCACGGCGGCCGUGCUGCUGCAGAACGACCCCAACCCCGACGUGCUUUCCAAGACGGGAUUCACGCCCCUGCACAUCGCAGCGCACUACGAGAACCUCAACGUGGCUCAGUUGCUCCUCAACAGGGGAGCCAGCGUCAAUUUCACACCACAGAAUGGCAUCACGCCACUGCACAUCGCCUCCCGCAGGGGCAACGUGAUCAUGGUGCGGCUGCUGCUGGAUCGGGGGGCCCAGAUAGAAACCAAGACCAAGGACGAAUUGACACCUCUCCACUGUGCAGCUCGAAAUGGGCACGUGCGAAUCUCAGAGAUCCUGCUGGACCAUGGGGCACCAAUCCAAGCCAAAACCAAGAACGGCCUGUCCCCAAUUCACAUGGCGGCUCAGGGAGACCACCUCGACUGUGUCCGACUCCUGUUGCAAUACGACGCAGAGAUAGAUGACAUCACCCUGGACCACCUGACCCCGCUCCAUGUGGCUGCCCACUGUGGACACCACAGGGUGGCCAAGGUCCUUCUGGAUAAAGGGGCCAAGCCCAACUCCAGAGCCCUGAAUGGCUUCACCCCCUUACACAUCGCCUGCAAAAAAAACCACGUCCGUGUCAUGGAGCUGCUGCUGAAGACGGGAGCCUCGAUUGACGCGGUCACCGAGUCUGGCCUGACGCCUCUCCACGUGGCCUCCUUCAUGGGGCACCUUCCCAUCGUGAAGAACCUCCUGCAGCGGGGGGCAUCACCAAACGUCUCCAACGUGAAAGUGGAGACCCCACUACAUAUGGCAGCCAGAGCCGGGCACACGGAAGUGGCCAAAUAUUUACUCCAGAACAAAGCCAAAGUCAAUGCCAAGGCCAAGGAUGACCAGACCCCACUUCACUGUGCAGCUCGCAUUGGCCACACAAACAUGGUGAAGCUCCUGCUGGAAAAUAACGCUAACCCCAACCUGGCCACCACCGCCGGGCACACCCCCCUGCACAUCGCAGCUCGUGAGGGCCAUGUGGAAACUGUCCUGGCCCUUCUGGAAAAGGAAGCAUCCCAGGCCUGCAUGACCAAGAAAGGAUUUACCCCUCUGCACGUGGCGGCCAAGUACGGGAAGGUGCGGGUGGCAGAGCUGCUGCUGGAGCGGGAUGCGCACCCGAAUGCCGCGGGGAAAAAUGGCCUGACCCCCCUGCACGUGGCUGUCCAUCACAACAACCUGGACAUCGUCAAGCUGCUGCUUCCCAGGGGCGGCUCCCCACACAGCCCUGCCUGGAAUGGCUACACCCCUUUGCACAUCGCUGCCAAGCAGAACCAGGUGGAGGUGGCCCGCAGUCUGCUGCAGUAUGGGGGCUCAGCAAAUGCCGAGUCGGUGCAGGGCGUGACGCCACUUCACCUGGCCGCCCAGGAAGGUCACGCAGAGAUGGUGGCUCUGCUGCUCUCCAAACAAGCCAAUGGCAACCUGGGGAACAAGAGUGGACUCACUCCCCUCCAUCUGGUAGCACAAGAAGGCCACGUUCCAGUGGCAGACGUGCUGAUCAAACACGGCGUGACGGUGGACGCCACCACCCGGAUGGGCUACACUCCCCUCCACGUGGCCAGUCAUUACGGAAACAUCAAGCUGGUGAAGUUUCUGCUGCAGCACCAGGCAGAUGUCAAUGCCAAGACCAAGCUAGGAUACAGCCCCCUGCACCAGGCAGCCCAGCAGGGACACACAGACAUCGUGACUCUGCUUCUGAAAAACGGUGCUUCCCCAAACGAGGUCAGCUCGGAUGGAACCACACCUCUGGCCAUAGCCAAGCGCUUGGGUUACAUUUCUGUCACCGACGUACUCAAGGUUGUCACAGAUGAAACCAGUUUCGUGUUAGUCAGUGAUAAGCAUCGGAUGAGUUUCCCUGAGACAGUAGAUGAGAUCCUGGAUGUCUCGGAAGAUGAAGGAACUGCUCAUAUAACUAUAAUGGGGGAGGAACUCAUCGGCUCCAAGGCUGAGAGGCAGGAUUCCAGGGAUGUCGAUGAAGAGAAGGAGCUGCUGGAUUUUGUGCCGAAGCUAGACCAAGUGGUAGAAUCUCCCGCCAUCCCCAGGAUUCCGUGUGUCACGCCCGAGACGGUGGUGAUCAGGUCAGAAGAGCCAGAGCAGGCAUCUAAAGAGUAUGAUGAGGACUCCCUCAUCCCCAGCAGCCCAGCCACUGAGACCUCAGACAACAUCAGCCCAGUGGCCAGCCCAGUGCACACAGGGUUUCUGGUGAGCUUCAUGGUUGAUGCCCGGGGUGGCUCCAUGAGAGGAAGUCGCCACAACGGCCUGCGAGUGGUGAUCCCCCCGCGGACGUGCGCAGCGCCCACCCGCAUCACCUGCCGCCUGGUCAAGCCCCAAAAGCUCAGCACGCCGCCGCCACUGGCUGAGGAGGAGGGCCUGGCCAGCAGGAUCAUCGCACUGGGGCCCACGGGGGCACAGUUCCUGAGCCCUGUGAUCGUGGAGAUCCCGCACUUUGCCUCCCAUGGCCGUGGAGACCGUGAGCUCGUGGUUCUGAGGAGCGAAAACGGCUCUGUGUGGAAGGAGCACAGGAGCCGCUAUGGAGAGAGCUACCUGGAUCAGAUCCUCAAUGGGAUGGAUGAAGAGCUGGGAAGCUUGGAGGAGCUGGAGAAGAAGAGGGUAUGCAGAAUCAUCACCACCGACUUCCCGCUGUACUUCGUGAUCAUGUCGCGGCUCUGCCAGGACUACGAUACCAUCGGCCCCGAAGGCGGCGCCCUGAAGAGCAAGCUGGUGCCCCUGGUGCAGGCGACGUUCCCGGAGAACGCCGUCACCAAGAGAGUGAAGCUGGCUCUGCAGGCCCAGCCUGUCCCAGAUGAGCUUGUCACCAAGCUCCUGGGCAACCAGGCCACAUUCAGCCCCAUUGUCACUGUGGAGCCCCGGCGCCGGAAGUUCCACCGCCCCAUCGGGCUUCGGAUCCCGCUUCCUCCUUCCUGGACUGACAACCCGAGGGACAGCGGGGAGGGAGACACCACCAGCCUGCGCCUGCUCUGCAGCGUCAUUGGUGGAACAGACCAGGCCCAGUGGGAAGACAUAACAGGAACCACCAAGCUUGUGUAUGCCAAUGAGUGCGCCAACUUCACCACCAACGUCUCUGCCAGGUUUUGGCUGUCGGACUGUCCUCGGACCGCUGAGGCUGUGAACUUCGCCACCCUGCUGUACAAAGAGCUCACCGCAGUGCCCUACAUGGCCAAAUUUGUCAUCUUUGCCAAAAUGAAUGACCCCCGAGAGGGGCGCCUGCGCUGCUACUGCAUGACAGAUGACAAGGUGGACAAGACCCUGGAGCAGCAUGAGAACUUUGUGGAGGUGGCCCGGAGCAGGGACAUAGAGGUAUUGGAGGGAAUGUCCCUGUUUGCAGAGCUCUCUGGGAACCUGGUGCCCGUGAAGAAAGCUGCCCAGCAGCGGAGUUUCCACUUCCAGUCAUUUCGGGAGAACCGUCUGGCCAUACCUGUAAAGGUGAGGGACAGCAGUCGAGAGCCAGGAGGGUCCCUGUCGUUUCUGCGCAAGGCGAUGAAGUACGAGGACGCCCAGCACAUUCUCUGCCACCUCAACAUCACCAUGCCCCCCUGCACCAAGGGGAGUGGAGCUGAAGAUAGGAGAAGAACCCUGACCCCCCUGGCCCUGCGAUACAGCAUUCUCAGCGAGUCCACACCAGGUUUUCUCACUGGGACAGACCAGGCGGAGAUGAAGAUGGCUAUUAUUUCGGAGCACCUCGGUCUCAGCUGGGCAGAGCUGGCCCGGGAGCUGCAGUUCAGUGUGGAAGACAUCAACAGGAUCCGAGUGGAAAACCCCAACUCCCUGUUGGAGCAGAGUGUGGCCUUGCUGAACCUCUGGGUCAUCCGUGAAGGCCAAAACGCAAAGAUGGAGAAUCUGUGCUCGGCUCUGCGGAGCAUCGACCGUGGGGAGAUCGUGAACAUGCUGGAGGGCUCCGGCAGACAGAGCCGCAACCUGAAACCGGACCGGCGAUACGCGGACCGCGACUACUCACUGUCACCCUCCCAGAUGAAUGGUUACUCCUCACUGCAGGACGAGCUGCUGUCCCCUGCCUCCCUGGGCUGUGCGCUUUCCUCUCCGCUACGUGCAGACCAGUACUGGAACGAGGUGGCUGUCCUAGAUGCCAUCCCCUUGGCGGCCACGGAGCAUGACACCAUGCUGGAGAUGUCUGACAUGCAGGUGUGGUCUGCGGGCCUCACACCCUCCCUGGUCACUGCUGAGGACUCCUCUCUGGAGUGCAGCAAGGCCGAGGACUCUGACGCCACAGGUCACGAGUGGAAGUUGGAGGGGGCGCUCUCUGAGGAACCGCGGGCCCCCGAGCUGGGCUCUCUGGAACUUGUGGAGGACGACACAGUGGAUUCAGAUGCCACAAAUGGCCUUAUCGAUUUGCUUGAACAGGAGGAAGGUCAGAGGUCAGAAGAGAAGCUGCCAGGUUCUAAGAGGCAGGAUGACGCGACAGGUGCAGGGCAGGACUCAGAGAAUGAAGUGUCUCUUGUUUCAGGCCAGCAGAGGGUGCAAGCCCGAAUCACACACUCCCCCACCGUGAGUCGGGUGACCGAGAGGAGUCAGGACAGACUGCAGGACUGGGAUGCAGACGGCUCCAUUGUCUCAUACCUGCAAGAUGCUGCACAAGGUUCCUGGCGAGAGGAGGUCACACAAGGCCCACACUCAUUCCAGAGAACAAGCACCACGGCCAAAGGGCUGGAGCCCAGCGGGUCUCAGGAGUACGAGAAGGUCCUGGUGUCGGUGAGCAAGCACAUGCGGACACAGCAGCCCAAGGCCGAGAGCUCGCAGGCCGACAGGGACCGGAGGCAGCAAGCCCACGGAGAGCAGGGGAAUGAGCUUCAGAAUAUUCCAGGGGAGCAAGUGACAGAGGAGCAAUUCACGGAUGAGCAGGGCAACAUUGUCACCAAGAAGGUCAUUCGAAAAGUGGUUCGGCAGAUAGACACGUCCAGCGCUGAAGCCGCCCAGGAGUACGAGGAGGUGAUUGUCGAGGGGCCCCUGGAGGAUCCCAGUGAGCUGGAGGUUGAUGUUGAUUCCUUUAUGAAACACGCUAAGGUGGAGCUGAGAGGGAGUGGCCUACAGCCGGACCUGAUAGAGGGCAGGAAGGGGGCACAGAUAGUGAAGCGGGCCAGCCUGAAAAGGGGGAAACAGUGACCCUGAGCCGCUCUCCUUGGAGUAGCCUCUCGGGAGGAUCACACCUCGACACCCAACCCCUGAAUCCCACACACUCUGCCAUGCACACUGGAGGAGAGCUGGACCUGAGGGCCACCGCAGCGGUGCACACGUUCCUCUGGGCUGACGGCAUGACCUCUGUAAGGGACUCCCGCUAGUCCCCUCUUCGCAUGAACGACUGACUGUAGACGCAUGACCUCUGGGCUUCAAUCCUGCCUCUAGCAAUGACAGCUGAUCUGUCGGAAUCAGGACACAAAAGCAGCGAGAAGCGGGGAGAGAGAGGGAUAGAAAACAAGCGUGGGAGAGCGUGCGAACGCGAAAGUGAAUGAGGGCUUUUUGUGACUGGGGAUGGGUUUUGGUUUUGGAGGUGUUUUUUUUUAAUUGUUUUAAUUUUGACUACAUACAGGGUACUUUUUUCCAACCUCAUCUGUCAGAAAUCCAUGUGGGCUUCCUAAAAGAAAAAAAAAGAAAACUAGGCAUGAAAUCAGUUUAGCACCUUAAUCUUAAGCGAUGCCCUUGUCUGCCCACCCUCCCCAACCCACACACCUCCCUUCCACUUGUGACACCCCCUCCACUCCCUGGCGAGGCUCCUCCCAGAUCGCUUUACAUGACAUUCAGGACGUGUGUGCGCUCACGCGCACACACACACACACACACACCACUCGCCUCCACUGACUCUACACACAGAUUUUACUGUGACAUCCGAAGCUGUACAGACUCUGCUGUGGAUAAACUGGAAUUUUUUAUGUUGUCUUUUUCUCUCUCUGCCAAUUUCAGUACGAAUUAUCUUCCAAUGGAAAAUCAUUACCUUGAGAGUGCAUUCGGGGUUCCUUGUGUUAGGGACUUAAGAAUCCGAGGCGAGGACCCCCAGGCUUAGCCAUAGGGCUCAAAGGGAGUCAGGGCCCCAUCUGAAAGGGUCUCCUCUCAGCUGGGGAUGGGCCGGUGGCUGACCCAGGAUUGCACCAGCACGUCCAUAGAGAAGAGGUUUUCUAUAUCUUCAAGCACUAUAUCAUAGUCUGUGUUCAAAGUGUAAACUGUACAGUAAUCAGCCUUGUGUAUAUGAAAAACAAUAAAUACUAUGCAAAUCAAUAGAAACAUUUAGCAGUACGUACAGAGCCUGACAGCGCAGCUCCUGAGGACUUCUGCAGCGGCAGAAGAAGGAGCUACGCCUGUCUUUCAGUGAAAGAGGAAGCAAGGGAGUAGGGCUAGUGAAUGUACUUGCCAGGUCUCAGAAGUCAGGACCACCCAAGGUCUUCCAGAGUGAACUUGGUGCUCUAAGUCCAGACAGCCCGCAGGCUGGGGACCCUGGGUGCAGGUGCCAGGCCUGAGGCAGGACAGCCUCGGUGCCUCCCCUCUGCCCAGCCCCUGUGGCCUCUUGGAGAGGCAAGCCAGGGGUGCUCCCGGACCAUGUGGCCAGUGGGAGCAGGGGCGGGGGCGGAGGCGGAGAGCCUGGACGCCCAGAGGCAGGAGCCAGGCUCUGGGUCAGGGUAGGAAGGAGACAGACAGCUGGCAGUUCCUCGCCUCGGUGCCAUCAGGGAGGAGCCUUAAGUUCCACUACAGCCUCCGGCCCAGGGAGGCCCGAAUCAGCACAAUCCCGGCCCCGCCCUCGCGGCGGGCGCCCCCCAGGCCAGAAGAGAGACAGCUGGCUCCUCUCGCCCCGGGAGCGGCGGUGUGGACGGCCCGGCCCCGUCCGCCCCGCCACUCUGCGGGGGUGUCCUGGGGACACACUUAAAACUUCCAAGUAGCACAGAAGCCCCCUCCACGUCAGAGGGCCCCUGGCCGCGGGGCCUGUGAGCGGAGAGGGUCCCUGCACCCCCGAGUUCGCCCCGGUGCUCCCCAGGCCUAGUGGGCCCCGGGGCAGACGAGGUGUCUUGCCGGCAGGGGGCGGGGCUGCUUUUGCUUCCUUAGAGGGGCGGGCAGGGAGAGGAAGCUCUAGCUCCGGGCCUCAGUUUCCCCGAGGCUGCGUCGGAGGAGCUACCAGGCGAGCCCGGGAGCCGCCGCUGCCGCCAGAGGCCACCCCGGCUCGGCCUCCAGGGUGCAAGGCGCCCCCGAUCCCCCAACCAUGGAGGCCGCGCGGCGCGGCUGGGACCGAUUAGGUGACAGCCCAAGGAAGCUGGGCGCAGGGCUCGCCUCCCCCGCCUCGAUCCUGCACCUUCCUCUCCCAGGUCGCCGCUGCAGCCUACCCAGUAGCCCCCUUAGCGCCCCGCGCCCCCCUACCCCGCGGCUCCAGGCUCCGCUUUGGCACCUCUGCUCCGGCUGGCAUGGCUGCGCGCUCCGGCUGCUGUAAGAGCUGUUAGGGAGGAGUUUGGGGUCUCCACACGAUGCCUAGAGAAUGCUGCAGUCUGCACAUUAGACGCUUUUUAGAAGUUUUGAAAUUACCUUGAUUUUUUUAAUUGUUAUGAAAAUGGAUCUUUUCUUGACUCUCCCACAUGCUCUGUUAUGGGAGAGAAUCCCCCACCCCACUCUGAUGUAUAGACCAUUCUCCCUACACCAGCCGAACCAAUGUCAAAAUUAAUAAAGAAAUGGACUAAUGG